AUGCCUCAGUCGGUACAAAACUGUAACUUCUGUGACCGUGAUGAGCUAAGCAUAUAUAGGGAGGACAAUAUCAUGAAUUACUGGGAUUGGUCCAGUUAUGGUGAAAGGGAGGACGUCUUCUACGUUGAAUGUAAAAUUGAUUAUAUGCUCGAAAAAUUAAACAGAGUUGAUGAUGAUGAAGAUGGUCAUUCUCCUGAACUGCUCGAGUCUGUCGUGACACCUUGGGAGUUGAAAUUUAACUGCCUAAAAAAAUGCAGAAUAAUGGCAAAAGUAGUUUGCAAUAUGUUAGGCAUAUGCGAAGACUCUGCCUCUGCUGUAGCUGAACAGGUUUCAACUUUUGCCAUACAACAGCUAAAUGAUCCUCAAAACACUGGUUGUAAAGUUGUGCUUAUAGUAAUGUGGUUUACUAUUUUUUAUGUCCAACAUGAUGGUGAAGGUCUUAAUGAUGCUCGUGCUCGUGUCAAUACCAUCUUCCCAUUUCGACAACUUCCUCCUAUUGUUCCUCCUCCUAAUCCGACAACCAGAAGUGUAAAUCCAUCAGACUUUCAAGUAGCAGUGUACAGAUGGACUUUAAAACAUGGUGAUCCAAUACUUCCCAUGUGUUCCGUCUAUAUGGAUGAGCCUUCAAUUGGAGAGACUAUUGCAAUCUUGCCGUGCUGGCAUUAUUUUCACUUACACUGUAUCAUCAAAUGGCUGGAAAUAAAUAACCGAUGCCCUGUUUGUCGAUGGGCCUUUCCAAAAAAUGGCAAAUAG